GCAGCACUAGCAACGACUGGUAUCCCCUUUGACUGCCAUGUCAUCUUCCUGCUGCGCGCGCCUGUAUUGGAACUAAUGCAGAGGGCCCCACCCAAACCUUCGCCUGCUUCGUCGCCGGGUCAUCACAGCACUGACAAUCACUAAAUCAGAGCAUUUAGGGAAAUUUUCCCGUCAUUUCUCAUGCAUUGAAUCGAAAUUCUGGAAAGCUAUUAAAACAGCAAAAUAAUAAAUUGGAGUUUCGGAGAAUACAUGAAAGAACGAGAAUAUGGAAUAGUUGUUGCAAUUUCCUCGAAUGAGUACAACAUGAAGAAGGUGCCAAUGGUUGGUUGAUAUCCCUUGCUAGGCAGGGCAUUAGGGUCACUUACUGCGUUCAGCUUCCCCAGCUUUAUUCGGCAUUCAAUGGACGGAAGCCUGAACGUAUCAAAUGACGAUUGAGUGACGAUCUUGGCGACUGUUUGCUUAGAGCGGAGGCUUCUUUUCUCUAUCCGGGGCGUGAUUUGAGUCCAUGCAGACUGCACCAGAGGAGCAGCAGGGGAGACUUUUGGAAUGUUAAGUUCUUCACUCACGACGGUUGAUUCUUCUCGAGCCAUUCUAUCGUAAAGCUUGGAGCACGGUCCAAAUUUUCCAACAGCUGCCUGGCCUGUUUCUUUGCAAGACGUUCAGUACUGAUUCUUUUGAUAUCCAAUACCCUGCUCUGAAAUCAUUCUCGGAAUCACAAUUUCGGGUUCAGUAUGAUUUUUGAUUCUUGAGUUGGAUCGUAGUCUGCAAAGUUUUGAACGAGGAUCGGAUGGGGGCCGGAAGGCGGACUGAGACGGUCAAUUUCAAUAACUACACAGCGGGAGCUGGUGGAGGUGCUAUCAAAACAGCCCCUCAACGAAAAUUGGCCGAGCGCGGUCGGCUUGGCUCCGUAAUUUUUGGCUGUACAAAUGCAACAUACAAUGAGUGUGUUACCAACAAACUUUUUGGCUUGCCCUAUUCACAUCACUCCUAUGUGGAACAAAUUGAUAUCGGCAUGCCUCUGUUUCUUUUCAACUACAAUGACAGAAAAAUGCAUGGAAUUUUUGAAGCCGUCUCGGAAGGAGGGUUGAACAUCAACUUACAUGCCUGGACUGGUGGUGACUCCGGAUCUCGAACGCAAUUUCCUGCACAAGUUCGAGUUCAACUACGGUCGGAUUUCACAAGAAUCGUGUCUAUUCCGGAGGCUGUUUUCAAAGAUGCUAUUAUUGACAGCUAUUAUUCUGCUUCACACUUUUUCUUUGAAGUGGAUAACGAACAAACAGAGAGGCUUAUCAAGCUCUUUGAAAGGCAGGUGGGUAACCAUUUGAAACAGGCCACAGUCGUGUUCAAAAGUCCAGUAAUUCCAGCACCUCCACCUAAUGCGUGGCAAACCGUGGGCAAUACGAGCAAGGUCUGGAAGAAAACAGUAGGUAAUGUCGAGAAUGACGAAAAGCUGAAAAUGAAGAAGCCUGCCACGGUCAUCAUGUCUGAGUGGGAGAAAGGCGCGCAGUAUGUUUCGUCCUCGUCGAAAGAAGCUGUGUCAGACAGCUUCCAUCAAGAAUCUGUAUGGAUGAACGCACAUCGUGAUGAAGAGUCAGAAUCAGAGGCGAGUGAGGAGUCUCCAACCGACACUCCAAACCACAAGCCUCCAGAAACUGUUGUGGAACCAGAUAGUAAGCUAAAGGUCGUUGUUAAGGUGGAAAAUUCCGAGGUAGAUCAAGGUCUUUCGAAGUCGAGUAGUGGUUAUGUCCCUAAAAGUGUGGUCAUUACCGACCCCUACCUUUCUACAUCAGAUAAAGGUAGUAGAACUGUAGGUGCUGAUUCAGAGGAGUGGACUGAAGCAAAGAAAUACGAGAUGCAACGGGUUCUGGGAAGACUUAAACAAAUAACAUUAGAACAGGUAGAAACAGCCCGCCCACAAGCUGAAAUGCCAUCACAAGCAAGUGCAAGUCAUAGUCUAUCUGAAUGGGAGAGGCUAGCUAGAGAGCGAUCUACCCACGAGCAAGCUAUACUGAAGGAGGAGCGAGAGAAUCUCGGAGUCAUUCUUGGCAAACUUGAUUCAACAGUGGCAAUGACAGUCAAGAAAAACUUGGAGCUUUACUCCUCAGCUCUUGCACAGAUGCGUCAAGAUGGAAUUGAGUUGAGACGCCUUAUAGAUGAGGCAAGAUCGAGGGCUGAGGAAGCAAGGCUACGAAGAGAGGAAGAUCAGCGCGUACAAACUUUACUCGCUUCUCAAGCAGCAACCAUCAUUUCCAUGGGUGCCAAAAUAACUUCCUUGGAGGAAAAAGUAGUAGAUUUAACGAAAUAUUCUGGAAAGUCGACGUUGCAGAAGAGUGUAGGUUACAUUUACGAGGAAAGAGUUAGUACUCUCGAGCGGCAAAGUCUCCCAGAUAUAUACUUGAUUGGAGGACUUGGCGAUCAGCUCUCGAGGUUGGAGAGUGUUAUGAUCUGGUCACCUGAGACGGAUAAACUAAGAACUGCAGCGCCCAUGCUGACCCCACGUUGCUGUGCUGGUGCCAGUGUUUUAAAUGAGCACAUUUAUGUAUUUGGAGGAGGUGAUGGGAGCUCUUGGUAUGACACUGUGGAAAAGUAUGAUCGUAGCUUAAAUGAGUGGAGAUCAUGCGCAUCCAUGAAAACACAGCGUGGAAGCCUCGGAGGGGUCACUGUGGGAGAGAGAAUAUAUGCUGUCGGUGGAGGAAAUGGAAUGGCCAGCUUUUCAGAAGUCGAAUGCUUUGAUCCACACCUAGCGUCAUGGUUACCUUGCACAUCCAUGCUGGAAAAGCGAUUCUGUGUAGCGGCUGCUGAGUUAGGAGGAGUGUUAUAUGCUCUGGGUGGCUUUGAUGGUGAACAAUAUCUCAUGUCUGUGGAGCGUUUUGAUCCCCGUGAAGCUCUAUGGAGUCGGUUGCCUUCAAUGAGUGUGAAGCGUGGCAGUUUGUCUGCCGCUGUGCUCAAUGGGAGAAUAUACGCUCUCGGAGGGUACGAUGGAGAGGGCAUUUUGGAUAUCGUAGAAACUUUUGAUCCGCGGGCUGGUCGUUGGGAUCAGGGACCUCAAAUGUGUUGCCGACGAGCCUAUGGAGCAGUGGCAGUUGUUGAUGAAGUCCUUUACUAUUUGGGAGGCCUCUCCGAAGAUGAAGCAGUGGACCCUGAACAGAGGAGUACAGACCUACAGAACGGUUUUCAUGAAGAUGAAGAUGGCAAGGAUGAAGAGGAUAUACAACGGUUUUCUGAGAAACUUGGCUGGCUAUCUGUCCAACCCUCCAUCAUGGGAAAGAGAAGUUGUCUUGCGGCAGUUGUCCUUUGACGAAGAGUACACCCCCACGGAAGGGAGGAUGGUCGAACUCUUUUCUAUUUACCAAGAUACGUUCAAGACCAGCGCGAGUCUUGAAGAAGUCUUGACGCCGCAAUUUGUGAUUGUUUUGUUUCCCAAAUGCAGUAUUCGCAAGCGAGUUGGCUGUUGCAUUUUAAAUGUGGGAAAAUAGUCCUCUCCAGGAAGCCCAUACUUAAAAGUUUACAGGAGAGAGUGAGUUUAGAUGUCAUUCUUUUGUAUUAUUGGAAAUUGAUGUCAAUCGAUAAAUCUGUAGAGAAAGGGAUUAAUUAUACACAGCGCAGUUUACUGCAGCACAAUAGAUCAAGUUCCGUUUGAUAUAAUUUGGGAUUAUUGUUCAUUACUUUUCUUAUAAAAUCCAAAAUUUAUAAGAC